CGAUGGAGGCUGGAGGCCUCCCCCUGGAGCUGUGGCGCAUGAUCUUAGCCUACCUGCACCUUCCUGACUUGGGCCGCUGUAGCUUGGUAUGCAGAGCCUGGUAUGAACUGAUCCUCAGUCUUGACAGCACCCGUUGGCGUCAACUGUGCCUGGGCUGCACCGAGUGCCGCCACCCCAACUGGCCCAACCAGCCUGAUGUGGAGCCUGAGUCUUGGAGGGAAGCCUUCAAGCUGCACUACCUUGCCUCCAAGACAUGGACCAAGAAUGCCCUGGAUGUGGAGUCCUCUGUCUGCUUUUCUCUGUUUUGUCGGAGGCGGGAACGGCGUACCCUGAGUGUGGGGCCAGGCCAGGAGUUUGACAGCCUGGGCAGUGCUUUGGCCAUGGCCAACCUAUAUGACCGGAUUGUGCUGUUCCCGGGUGUGUACGAAGAGCAAGGGGAAAUCAUCCUGAAGGUGCCCGUGGAGAUUGUCGGCCAAGGGAAGCUAGGUGAAGUGGUUCUGCUGGCCAGCAUUGAUCAGCACUGCUCAACCACACACCUGUGCAACCUCGUCUUCAUGCCAGCUUGGUUCUCACCCAUCAUGUAUAAGACGACUUCGGGCCAUGUUCAGUUUGACAACUGCAACUUUGAGAAUGGACACAUCCAGGUCCACGGUCCAGGCACAUGCCAAGUGAAGUUUUGCAUCUUCAAAAACACCCAUAUCUUUCUGCACAAUGUGCCCCUAUGUAUUCUGGAAAGCUGUGAAUUUGUGGGCAGUGAAAACAACUCUGUGACUGUUGAAGGCCACCCAUCGGCAGACAAGAACUGGGCCUACAAGUAUCUGCUGGGGCUUAUCAAGGCCUCUCCUAGUUUGCUCCCCACUGAGGACUCUGCCACUUUAUCAUCCCUGGACCUAGAGAGCAGGGACCAGGCCUGGAGCCCAAGGACCUGUGACAUUGUUAUUGAGGGCAGCCAGAGCCCCACCAGCCCAGUGUCUAGCUCGCCCAAGCUGGACUCCAAGGCUGGCGGCACGCAGGAGGCAGAGGUGGGCAGCGAUGGGGAAAGGGUGGCUCAGACCCCAGACAGCAGUGAUGGAAGCCUGAGUUCCAGUGAUGAGGAUGAGGAUGAGGACCAGCUGACAUUCAGACUGUCCUACCAAGUGCAGGGCCCUCGCCCAGUGUUGGGGGGAUCUUUUCUGAGUCCGCCACUGCCAGGAGCAUCCAUUCAGCUGCCCAGCUGCCUGGUGCUGAACUCGCUGCAGCAAGAGCUACAGAAGGACAAGGAGGCCAUGGCCCUGGCCAACUCUGUGCAGGGCUGCCUCAUCCGCAAGUGUCUCUUCCGGGAUGGCAAGGGAGGUGUCUUUGUCUGCUCCUAUGGUCGAGCUAAGAUGGAAGGAAACAUCUUCCGGAACCUGACUUACGCAGUGCGGUGUAUCCACAGUAGCAAGAUUGUCAUGCUUAGGAAUGACAUUUACCGCUGCAGAGCAUCAGGCAUCUUUCUCCGCUUGGAGGGUGGAGGCUUGAUCGCAGGCAACAACAUUUACCAUAACGCGGAGGCUGGCGUGGACAUCCGGAAAAAGUCCAACCCACUCAUACUGUGUAAUCAGAUCCACCAUGGCCUUCGCUCUGGCAUUGUUGUCCUUGGCAAUGGGAAAGGCAUCAUCCGAAACAAUCAAAUCUUUUCAAAUAAGGAAGCUGGCAUUUAUAUCCUGUACCACGGAAACCCAGUCGUGAGUGGGAACCACAUUUUCAAGGGCCGUGCUGCUGGCAUCGCAGUGAACGAGAAGGGGAAAGGUCUCAUCACAGAAAACGUCAUCCGUGAGAAUCAGUGGGGGGGCGUGGACAUCCGGCGUGGAGGGAUCCCUGUCCUCAGGAGCAACCUCAUCUGCUUUGGCUACUCAGAUGGUGUGGUCGUGGGGGAUGAAGGCAAAGGGCUGAUCGAAGGAAACACCAUCUAUGCUAACAAGGGCUGUGGUGUGUGGAUGAUGUCAUCCAGCCUGCCCCACGUCACCAGCAACCACGUCAGCUACAAUGGCCUGUACGGUGUCGCAGUGUUUAGCCAGAAGGAUGGCUCCAGUGAGUUCCCUGGAGGCCAUGGGGCCCAGGAGAACUUCAGUGAGGACGGGGAUGCCAUCCUCUGGGAGACAGAGCUGGACAAAGAGGACGACCCACUACGCCGGCCCAUCACUAUCGCUCUUGUGGAGUCGAACAGUAUUAACCACAAUGGAGCCUCUGGACUCUACGUCCAGAGCAGCGAGGGACUGCAUGUCACCACCAAUGUGAUCCACGCCAAUGGAGACAGAGGCAUCACCGUGGCCCAGAGUAGUCAGUUAACCCACGUGACCAACAAUAGCAUCUCCUGCAACCGACUGAGUGGGGUCAAGGUCGAAGCCCAGUGCAAGGUGGAGCUCCGGGGCAAUGGUAUCUAUGACAACAGAGGCCACGGCAUCAUUACCAAGGGUGACAGUACUGUCGUCAUCGAAAAUGACAUAAUUGGAAACCGGGGCAGUGGGCUGCACCUCCUGCCCAGAUCCGACACAAAGGUGAUGAAGAACCGGAUCCAUUCAUUCCGGGCCUAUGGCAUUGCUGUGCGGGGUCGUGCCAAGGCCACGGUGCAAGAGAAUAUCAUCUUCCAGGGCAAGACCAACAAGGCCAUCUUUCAACAGAUCUCAAACAACCGAGAAUGUAUCAUGCAAAACAACAAGUUCCUGGUCUUCAAGAAGAAGUCUGAUACGUGGCGCCUGGUGAACCCACCAGCACGGCCUCACCUGGAAAACUCUCUUAGAGGACCCUCAGUAGCCCACAAUGGACAGAAGGUGGCAGCCAUGGCAACCAGGAUCACAGCCCGGGUAGAAGGUGGUUACCACAGGAACCGCAGCAUUUUCUGCACCAUCCUCUAACAGUGGAGAC